UUUCCAUUCAAGCACUGAAGCUCAUGAAGAGAAGGUUCCUUGCCAUUCCUGCCAGCAAACCAUGUGAACUCAGGAGCAGAGAAGAAAGUGUACUUGGCAUGUCUGUUGCUGAAAAACACUGUCCUGAAUCCAGCAGUAAAACAGCAAAUCUUUCCUGCACAAAUUCUACUACCUGGGAGGAGAUGUUCCUAGAUAAAUUACCAGCGAGCCCAUGGUAUGAAACAGCUGCUCCAAUACCCAGCCCCAACACUCCUGCGUGCUGUGAAAGAAAGUGGUCUUUUGACUGUUCCUAAGGAGAAACUUGAAAAUCCAUAUUCUUUAAGCAAGCAACACUAGCCCUGGAUAAGGAGAGAAGAGAUCUACCAGCAGUCUGGCAAAACAGAAAAGAACCUUCUCCAGCUCAUACAAGGAUAAACCACCUGCUGUGGGAGAAGCUGGCAGAAAGCUGACUCACUCUGUUUGGAAAACACCACUUGCAAAGACCAAAACUGUGUGAACCUUUGCAGCUGAGUUUGAGAGAAGUUUGUAGCAGUUUUCAUCUGCUACAGCAACUGACCUACCAAAAGAAGAACCAAAGCAUUUUCUGGACAAAAGAAAGGGUGACUGCCAAUGUAAAACACAAGUCUAAUGCUUGUGUCAUUGUAGCAGCAACUAGCAAAACUAUUUGCAAAGGCCUUUCUGACGCAAUCUGCUUAAAUGUGUGAAGCAGCAUUUUAGUUCCAGAUUCAGUAGUGUUAAAUAAUGGUUGGACUCAAUGAUCUUAAAGGUCUUUUCCAACCAUAGUGUUUCUAUGGUUCUGUGAUUCUUGAGACCAAGAGGAUGGAUCAUAUCUUGCUGAGGCCAUUGUGCCAUCUUGCCUAAGUUUCCUCUCUUGACCUCUUUUGUGACUACUGAGGCAAGAUAGGAAAUCUGAAGGUAAAUAGAGAAAAUGGACCAAAGCUGACAGAGAGCAAUGACUGAGAUUUAUUUUAAAUUUGGUGGAAACCUGACUGGCCGUGUCCACUUUCCAACUCUGGCAACAGAAGUAGAUGUGACAGUAGAUAAAUACUCUGGCCUCUACGUGUAUGUGGGACUGUUCCUAACACUUCUGGCUAUCCUUCUCAUAUUGCUUUUCUCCAUGCUCUUGCGCUUGAAGCAUGUUAUUUCCCCAGUCACCACCUCUCCAGAAAGCACUGAGAAUGUCCAACAGUUCACAGAUGUGGAAAUGCACAGCAGGAUUCCUACCACUUAGAGAUCCCAAAGCAAAGAGGACAUUGUGCUUGUGAAACAUGCUUUGGUUAGCAAAAUGGUGGUGGAAAGAAUCUCUGCCCGCCUAGUGGCUGCUACAUUUUACUGCACAACAAUCAACAGCAGCACAAAGCAUCUGGAAAGUGUCACACAACUCAGACUGACUGGAUGGGACUUGCUGGCUUUUGACACUAUAGGCAACAUGUGUGCAACACACUCAGCAAAAUUUACUUUACAGAAACCUACUGCUGUCAGGAAAGACUCAUAGUCCUCUAAAAGCCCUUGCAGUAAAUGGUAAAAGCCACAAUAAUGAGAGCCAAAAUCCCAGAGAGACACAUAGCAGAAUGUGCCCUGGAAACUUCUAUUUGAUGACCUAUCUCACUGCCCUUAAGUUCCUUGCUUGUGAAGAGAGUUGAAUCAACAAAAUUAAGUGGCAUAUGUGGGAAGAGCCUGUGAGGCACAUACAGAAACUACCAGUGGUGUGGAAAUUCUCAGGCAUUUCUGCCAUUCAAGAAGGAAAACCUUGAACUGCUUUUUUUCCACUUGAAUGACAGAUGUACACAAUGGAGUUUCAGAAGUAUCAAACAUUUUAACACCUGCUGGAAGUACUGGUUUCUGACACUAAAAAUUAUACAGGGGAUAGUUGCAUUCCACAUAUCAGAAUGAGACAGAACUUUGAGAAAAGGAAAGAAAAACAGAUAAAAUUUAACAAUGGAUUAAAAUAAAAAGAAAGCAGCAGGAGGAAAUGAGCAGCAGGAGAGAAAAAAUAUUAAAACUCUAUAUCUCUUUCUUUGUUGUUCACUACAAUAACUGAGCUGAAUACAAACGUGUUCAUGCCUUGCACCCUUCCCAGUAUCACUCAGUAAUUAAAAUGUAGUGUAAAGUUUGUGAGACACUGUUCUCCUACCAGAUUUGAAUUCAUAAUAACAUUUAAUUUCAUUGCCAUGUUGGCUUUUCUUUCUUUAAAAACAGACCAGUUCUUCCAAAGCUUUGGGCCUCAAGUUGCAUUGUUUAAAUUGGAUAUUGGAAGAAACUUCUUCACUGAAAGAGUUGUCAGGCUGCUUUUAAACAUCCCUGGAGAUGUUUAAAAGAUGCAGAGAUGUGACGCUGAAGGACACAGUUUAAGUUCCAGACUUAGUAGAGUUAGAUAAUGGUUGGAUUUGAUAAUUUAAAAGGUCUUUUCCAACCAAAACAAUUCUAUGACCCAGUCCUCCAGUCCUCUUAGCUAUGAUGUACAGAGUCAGACUUUGCUUCUGUGGAUGGGAAAGAUAGAAUAUAGAUCACUGCUGGGAGAGCCACUGCCUCUCACAGGAACAUCUUGAGAGAGAUUGUUUCAGCUUCAUCUCUGAAGGGCAUGAAUUUUAUCCAGUUUUUCUUCAUUAUUAUGCUUUAGUUCUUGAUAAGUGAUAAAAUUCCCUGGUGCUUUCCAUACUUAUACAUAUUUAUUUGCCAGUUAUCCUUUCUCCAAGGGCUAAGAAAGUGUGAACACCCCCUACAAAACCAGUGCUAAGAUUAGACAAGAUGCUAACUUCAUGGACUUGUCAUACUAACAAGAAACUGUUCCUCAGAGGCUUUGAGUUCAACACCUUCUCUAUUUACUGCUAAUGGUCUGUGUAUGGGUGAGCAGUUUGGACUAGAAAUACAUCAUCUACAGCUGAUGCUAGCUGUGAGUGGAGCAGGAGGAUAAGUAACAUCCACACUGGCUACAGCUGGUACGAAAGCAAGGGUAGUUUUUCUCACUGAUAAUUUAGUAUGAAUCUACUGAAAAAUUAUUUCCUUAUAUUGAAAAGCACCUUUGAUACCCCAUGAGUCCCCACAUAAGCGGGUUUAAUCUGUGAAAUAGCACAGUGACUAUGUAAGGGAACACAGCAAAUAAUACAUACUCAGAAGUGUCUCCUCAUGCAAACUUGGCUGUGUUUACAUCAAAAAGAAGGAAGGAGGCAGGCUGCCCUCAAACUUUCUGUCACGGGGACAACACAGAUACCACCAGGCAGAAUGGUGACUUCAUAACGCAUCUAAAGAUUGGCUCCUCAAGGAGAGCCACUCAGUACUGGACAAUUUCUGGCCCAAAUUCUGUGUGAAGAUUUGGAUGUUAAUUCAGCUAAGACAGAGGGCUACUGAGCUAGUCAAUGACAUUUCAACUGAAUAAAAAAUCUCUGCAGAUUGA